GUUUGUUUGUUUUUUUGUUUGAAGGCUGUAAAGAAUUUGUUGAGGUUGGAUGCUGAAAACCCAGAUUCACAUCGCUGUUUGGUAAGAUUUUUCAACAAGGUGAGCUCUAUGCCUGCUCCUGCCUCUGAUGCCGAGCAGCUUGUCUGGAAUGUCUUAGAAGCAGAGCGUCAAUCUAUAAGUCAAGUGCAUGAAAAAUCUCUGAUGGAUGCAAACAUGUCGUUCUUGACGAAGCAUAAAGAUUCCUUGAUGCACAGAGCAGCAGUUGCAGAAAUGCUUUGUCUUUUGGAUCCAAGUAAAAAGUCUGAGGCUGUUAAGUUGAUUGAAGAAUCAUCAGAUGACGUGUUUUCGAUAAAUGGAGCUUUCGGCCGUGUUGGGCAGUGGAAGCUUAAGGACUGUGUUGCCGUUCACAAACUCUUGGAAAGUGUUUUGGUUGAUAAUGAUGCUGCAUCCAGAUGGAAGACACGAUGUGCCGAAUUUUUUCCUCAUUCUGUGUAUUUUGAAGGCUGCAAGAGCUCUGCUGUCUCAAAUGCCUGUUUAAACAUGACUUGGGUCAGAAUGUCGGAGAGGAAAAGGGGGUCGUGUUCCCGUGGAGUCAAAGACAAUCUAUUCCCGGCUGAUUUGCAUGUCAUACUCAGGUUAUUGAACCAUCAGAAGAAGGUCCGGGCUCUCAUGUGCGAGUCAUGCACCACACAAUUAUCAAUGUGCUUUGCAAAUGUGUAUAAUUAGGUCCAUUAUGACUAGGAUUUUUUCAUUUUUUGCCCCUCAAGAUGUGCUUUCAAUGAGAUCCUUGCUUUUGGGUUAUGAUGAUGAUUGCAUACUCCACAUUUGGAGUUUGAUUCUUCUUUUCAAGGAACUCGGGAGGGUUACAGGAGUUUUUGGAUUACAGGGUUCCUUUUUGUGAUCAAAGAAUAGAUGGAGAUGAACUGCUCCAAAUUGUUGUAUUGCUUUUCAGAUAUUCUAAAUUAUCUUUUUUGUAUAAACGCCAAUCCAUGUGAAAAAUUUUGGUCAAUUCUAUAAUCUUAGUAGAAUUCUUAUUUAGGUUUGUGCUU